CUGUGUGCUGGCCAAGUGACUAGACACCACUCUCAAAUGGACCGGCCCAGCCUUCCUUGUGCACAUGGAGAUGCGUGGCAAGACAUUCGUAAUAGUCUGAUACUCUGGUCACGGGAGGAGCGGAAGGCGUACCGCGGCAACCAUGCAACCAUCCAGAGGUUGUAGACUGCGCCUUCCUGCUAUCGAUUGAUACUUCCCUGAAUCCUACAGCCUCGCCUCAACUCGCCUCCUACACUCCUAUCCGAGGAACAAUAUGCUCAUGCGAUCAUCAUUCACUUACAUUCAUCCCCCUCUAGUAUUGUUGUUGUAGUCCCACGCUCGCUCUGCGCAUUAUUAGCUCACACAUGUCGGCUCAGCCCACGGUUGAGGGGUAGGAUUCCACAAUGGGUUGUUGCGCCUCACGCACGAGCGACGACAGUCCGCCUGCUGUCCACGCGCAUUCUUCGUCGCGCAACAUCACGGCGCCUUCGACGCGACCAAGCUCCAUUCCUUCACCACGCGCCUCCCAUGCCUCGCAGGGAAAUGUCCACCCACCACGAGCCGACAACCACCCAAACACCCCGCUGAAGCCCAUCCCCUCUGCUCAGCGCUCGCGCCUGCCGAAUACGCUCGCUUCUAUCACCACCAAGACCAGCAGCCGCGUCAAGCCUCUGACGGACUCCACGAACCUCAAAUGGACGCGAUCGCGAUUGGAGAAGGAGCGCGGGGACUGGUGGGACACACAAGUCACAGGUUCGGAGCAGAUAUGGCGCGCUGUACGCCUCGUGGCGCACUACCUACAGGCUGGGGAGCUGCAAGAGGCUCAGACGAUGCUGGAUGCCAAUGACUGCACGUGUCCAACGGGACUACUUUGGCGAGGCGUAUACGAUCCGACUGGUGUCCAAUACAAAAUUCCCGAAUGGGUGGUUGUUGAGCCAGAGGGACUGGCAGAAGAAGAUGAUAUGGACGACAAGGACGUAGCUGGAGAUGCCGGCUCCAGUGCUAUCCAGGAGACGCUGGACGACCUGGUCGACGACGAUUCCAACGGCCUCAUACGUGUGCGAAUAAGGACGAGCCAUGACCAGAAGGAUGUUCCGGUCGUAAUUCGGAUACGAGACACUGUCGCAAUCAUCGUUGAGAAGCUGAAGCAGCGAGCAAAGCUCGAUUCCACCGUCAAAGUCCGCCUCGCCUAUGGUGGACGCGUCUACCAAGACACCGAGACGUUGGAAUCUCAUUCUUACUGGGACUUUGCUAAUAACUUCGUCAUCACCGGGCUUGUGUUUAUUGUUUGAUACCCUUCCUUUUCGUUUCACUUCUGUCAAUAACAAGGUAUAGCUUAAAGUCUACAUCGUCUCCUCAUAAGAAAACUUAUAAAGAUUAAUAGUAUUGUAGUCUUCUAGGGUUUCUAUUCAUAUCUAUAUAAAUCUAAUAUGCUUUAUUGUAGUAGGAAGAAGUACUCUGCCCUAAAGAGGAGGUUAGUUUCUCUCUUUGAUGUAGUGAUUGCGAGCUUGUAAUUGUAGUCGCCAGGCCAGGUCUGAAGCGGUGCCUAUCCCACCCGAAUAAAACAUAAUCUUACCCAUU